CACCGCGGUGUCCACGCUCCUCUAUUCUUUCCUACCUGUGAAAACUCGGCGGCCAACAGAUUUUCCUCCAGAGCCCCCCCCCCCCUCUCUAGAUACAUAGUAGAAUUCUUCACAUCCAUUUCCUAUUUCAAUCUUUUCCACCGAUAAUGGAUUCGUUUGAGGGAAAUUUCGAACUUAAAGAGAUUCAGAAACUGGAAGGUCACACUGAUAGGGUUUGGAAUCUCGCCUGGAAUCCAGCUACUGGAAUCUCUGGAAUUCCUGCUAUGCUUGCUUCUUGCAGUGGUGAUAAAACUGUUCGGAUAUGGCAACAGAACUCAUUCGACACUUCCUGGGAAUGCAAGGCAGUUUUGGAUGAAACACAUACAAGAACAGUUAGGUCUUGUGCUUGGUCACCUUGUGGGAAGUUAUUAGCUACUGCCAGUUUUGAUGCUACUACUUCAAUUUGGGCAAAUGUUGGUGGUGAUUUUGAAUGUGUUUCCACUCUUGAGGGUCACGAGAAUGAAGUCAAAAGUGUUUCAUGGAAUCCAGCUGGUUCCCUGCUUGCAACAUGCAGUCGAGAUAAAUCUGUUUGGAUAUGGGAAGUUUUACCAGGGAAUGAGUGUGAGUGUCUUUCAAUCUUGCAAGGACACUCACAGGAUGUGAAGAUGGUUCAGUGGCAUCCGUUUCUGGAUUUGUUGUUUACUUGCAGUUAUGAUAACACUAUUAAGAUUUGGGCUGAAGAUGGUGAUAGCGAUGACUGGCAUUGUGUCCAAACUUUAAAUGAAACUAGCAAUGGGCACUCAUCUACAGUUUGGGCAUUAUCUUUUAACGCUACGGGGGACAGAAUGGUCACCUGUAGUGACGAUCUUAGCUUGAAAAUAUGGGAAAGUGACCCCAAAGCAACACCACCAGCUGAAGAUGGCUUUACUCCAUGGAGACAUGUUUCCACUCUCUCUGGGUAUCAUGAUCGAACAAUAUUCUCAGUUCAUUGGUCGAGGGAGGGCAUAAUUGCUAGUGGAGCUGCUGAUGAUGCUAUACGUCUUUUCGUCAGGAAUGAAGAGGUUGAUGGACCAUCAUAUAAAUUGCUGCUGAGGAAGGAGAAGGCCCAUGAAAUGGACGUAAAUGCAGUACAAUGGAGCUCCCAGGAAACCAGGUUGCUAGCUUCUGCAAGUGAUGAUGGGACUAUAAAGAUAUGGGAGUUGGCAUCUGUAGCCUGAUAUAUCCUUGGAGAGCUGGCCAGGCACAAGUUACCAAAUUUCAAUUUGGGACUCAACCCAAGGCCCCGUGAUCUUAGUUCUUUUUAUCUUUUUAGUACUAUGUUUUUUUUUUUUGGCGGCUACCAUUGGCUUCUGUUACAUAUAGGUCCUCGUGGGGAAGCUUCCCAGGAUGAACCUUUAUGAGAAUGAACUCUUCAUUGUGUAAAUUAUCCACAACUAUAUACUAGUAUAAGUUACGACAGGGUUCUGAGUAAUUAUUAACCUUUGUGAUGGAGCAUCGUGUACUGCAGCUCCCUUGGCGGUCCAA